AUGGCAGAUCUGCCUCCGUCCCUCGCCACCGGCCCCUCCUCCCCGCCUCCGCCCCCACCCCCGUACGGGCCGUCGACCGCGACGCCGGCUGCUAGGGGGAAGGACUGGAAUAAGGUUCCCGCGGAGCAGCUCGUGAUCGACUUCUGUGACCCGGAGUUGCGUGAGGACGCCCUCCGCCAGCUCUACAAGAAGCGAGAGAUUUUUCAAGACCUUGCUCCACUGCUGUGGCACUCCUUUGGCACCGUUGCUGCACUGCUCCAGGAGAUUGUGUCAAUCUACCCUUCACUUUCACCUCCUACUUUGUCGCCAGUUGCAUCAAACCGUGUCUGCAAUGCACUUGCACUUCUUCAGUGUGUUGCUUCACACCCUGACACCAGGAUCCCGUUCUUGAAUGCUCACAUCCCACUGUACCUGUACCCGUUCCUGAAUACUACCAGCAAGACAAGACCUUUUGAGUACUUGAGGCUUACCAGCUUGGGUGUUAUUGGUGCUCUUGUGAAGGUUGACGAUUCUGAAGUCAUUGGGUUUCUGCUUCAAACUGAAAUAAUCCCUCUGUGUCUGCGUACUAUGGAGAUGGGCAGUGAACUUUCCAAAACAGUGGCCACCUUUAUUGUUCAAAAGAUUCUGCUUGAUGACAUUGGGCUGCGUUACAUCUGCGCGACCGCUGAGCGUUUCUUUGCUGUGGCCACUGUUUUAGCACAGAUGGUCCAGGCGCUUGCUGAACAGCCGUCUGCAAGAUUGCUGAAGCACAUAAUCCGCUGCUACCUCAGGCUGACAGAGAACCAGAGGGCUUGUGCUGCGCUCAACAGUUGCCUCCCCACCGUGCUGAAGGACGGGACAUUCAACAACUUCCUUCUUGAUGACAACGUUACAAGGCGGUGGCUCCAGCAGCUGCUGAGCAACAUGUCGAUCGCCGGCAUGGGCGGGGGAAGCUCCCACGCUGGUAUGGGCGGAGGAGGCUCUCUCAGCGGCAUGGGCGGGGGAGGCUCUCUUGGGGGCAUGGGCGGCGGAGGCUCUCUUGGUGGCAUGGGCGGCGGAGGCUCUCUCGGUGGUGGCAUGGGAGGCGGGGGCUCUCUCGGCGGCAUGGGUGGAGGAGGCUCUCUUGGUGGCGGCAUGGGAGGCGGGGGCUCUCUCGGCGGCAUGGGUGGGGGAGGCCCUCACGGGGGCCUCGACCACCUGAUGGGGCUCUGA